AUGGAGCCAGCAAACGGUGUCCUGGCUCAGCGGCGCCCUCGAGUGGAACGAGGCCGGUCGCGGAAUGGAUGCCAAAGUUGUGUCGCUAAGCGCGUCAAAUGCGAUGAAAAACACCCCUGUUGCAGCCGAUGCACUCGUCUGGGUUCUGCCUGCGAAUGGGUCCGGCCCAGACCGUCUCUGGCGACCAGAAGGCGCGGUUUCGGCCCGAUAAAGUAUCGUCAAGCCAACCAUUGGACCCCCAAGCCCAUUCUGCCAAAGUUUAUGGAAAAUGUGAGAGAUGGCGUUACACACACGGGCGAAGAUGAGGGGUCGCCAGGGCUUUCGAGCCUCUCAUCGUCCUGCACAACCUCACCGUUGAGGUCGGGUUUCAAAUGGGACCUAUCCGCCACUGGGUGUCUGCCACCUUCCGCACUAGACAGGUCAAUUGCCAGUCCCCAGAACCUUGCAUCGUUGGAUUUUAUUGCCCCUAUCUGGCUCACGGCUGUCACACCCCUCUUUCUCGUGGACGCCACAGACGAAGGUCCCUCGCUGGGCAGCAAUGAUGGGCAGGCUGUCUCUUUCCACCAGUCAGUGCUCGCUCCUCUGAAAUCUACACGGUCGCCGCCGUUGUCCGCACACGCACUCUUCCUCCGCCACGCGUGGGACAAGCGAAUCGCUUUGCACUUCCUUCUCGCCGUGUCUCAUAGUGAGAUAGCCAUCUACCAGGGCCAAGGAGCCCGCCCGACUGCUGAGUCACGCUUCCACUUGCAAAAGGGGGUAGAGCUCCUGGUCCAGGUAUGGAAUCCGGUGACUCUGUCUGAUCAUUUCGAGGUGAUGCUGUCUUUUUUGUACAUAUACAUGUUUUGGAUGCGGCGCGAUCGGCUAGCGCCGUCGAGGCUCAGCGCGUUGAGUUCUACGGUUUUGGCUUACGUGAGGCUGUAUGGCCUGGAUGGACUCUGCACGGAUGAAGAGAUAGUUUCCGCCCCGCAAAAUGUCAACGCGGUACCAGACAAGGUCCUACUUUCCCGGGUGUUCAUCUACUUGUACGAUCGGGACGGGUUUUGCAGCUUCUUCAACUGUGGUGGAUCAUUUGCCAGCUAUGUCCACGAGAAUCCAGAAGCAAGCCGAAAGAUCUGGAGGCUUUCGCGGACUGCUUUCUUAUGUUUUCCUCGUGACAGUAUAUGCUUUGAUCUAAAUGCAACCCCCGAGGUUGAGGAGGCGGCAGUCUUGCAGGUUUACUUUGAAUUGAUCCGUAUUCACCAUAGGAUCAACUCCUAUAGCCAGAAGAGCUCUAUAGAAAACGAAGCGAUGCCGAUUCAGAGACAGUUGGAUCAGCUGCGAAAGGAACGAUCGUCGCUUUUCCAGCAAGUUGCGACCCUUGGGGAUGACGGACAUUCUCCAUCCCUGAUAGAGCUGGUGACUGUGUCAUUGUUCUAUGCUGUGUGCAUAUAUCUCUGUCGCAGUCGAUCCCCCGCCCUGGGCGAACAACCUGUUCCCCCCGAGGUUCAAACAGCCCUGACCGGCCUCAUCACUACCGCACACCGCACAAUUUCACGAGGCUCCGUUCAGCUUCUAGAGCGGUUCCAAUGGUCGCUACUAAUAUUAGGACUCGAGACGAACGAUCCCAUACACUGGGAUUGGGUAGGGAAAAAUAUAACCGACGCUGCGAUACGAGAAGUGUUCAAUGUGUGUCUCAGGGUGAAGAAACAAUCUGGUGGCAGCAUUUCUAUCGCGACACUACGACAGCUGGUUGGGGGAGAGGUCUAG